CGGAUCCCCAAAGAAGAGCAGAGAGGAGUCAUCGAAAAGGGGAGGGAAGGCUUAUUCUGCUUGGCUCUCCGUUUGAGCCCCUCGAUCGCUGAGCUCGUCUUGUAAUUAAAAGAAGGGGGGAGAACCCGUCUCCAAAACUUGCUCCAGUUUAUCAACAAGUGCAGCAGCGGCCCGGGUGCUCCCCUCGUUGUAACGAGGGAGGACUCCCAACGAUGUGCAAAACGUGCCCUGCCUGACUUAUUUGGGAGCUGCAAAUUUAUGCCUAGUUGGGAAAUGCCCCGGGAAAUAUUACAUCAGACCAAAUGACAGUGAUUAAAAUCAGCUUUGCGCUCCCCCUCGCGCGCGCUCCCUCCCUUUCGCGCCCCCACCCCCACCUUUUCCUUCUUUUGCACUAAAGUCUCUCUGGAAGGGACGUGGCCCUGAGGACUCCGGCGGCGCCAAACCGUUAUCCUCCCCCCCCACCCCACCCCCAGCCAAGAAAGACGAAGAGGCAGGACCGUUAGCAAAAAAAGAGGCGAGAUUUCGACACAGGACCCAAAGCUUGGUGCUCGCGAGGAGAAAGGGGGGGGGGGAGAGAGAGCGAUUUUGCAGGGGGAAGUCGGUGCGACGGGGAGGAGGCAGAUUUGCAACAGGAUUUUUUUUUUCUUUUUAAAAAUUAAAGCAAGACACAGAAAGAGUUAAUUUAGAAAAAUAAAUAACAACAACAAAUCCGGCGGUGGGGAGGGCCGAUUUUGCAGAAGGUUGGGGCCAAGAUCGGCUUUUCCUGCGAAACUAGCCCAGGCGAGAGGAGAGCGAAAAGGGCUGAGCUAAUUGCAGCCUAACGUGGCGGCGGAGCCGGAGGCGUUUUUUCAGAGCCCAGAGCGAGAAGCCGCUGCUGCCGCCGUCUCCCUUUCGCGGUUUCCUUUCUCUCUCUCUCUCUCUCCCCCUUCUUUUUUCCCUCCCUUUCCCCCCUCCUCUCCCCGCGUUAUUUAGAGAGGAGAUUAUUGCCUUUCUUCUCCCGAGCAGCCUCGGCUCCUCUGUUUUAAGGCUCUUCUCUCCCCGAUCCCCCCCUCCUCCUCCUCUGCCACCCCGCUUUCCUCCCCUCCCCGCGCAGACGAGGCAAAACAAACAGAAAAGAAGAAAAGAGAGAGAGAGGAGAAGAAGAAGCCUGGGCAAAUAGAUCUACAAUAAUAUUGCAUCGCGGCAGGGUCGGAGGCAGCUCAGCCAGAGGAACCUACAAAGGCGCCCCGAGCUCCCUCCGCCUCGCCAGGCGAGCGGCGCGCAGCACGGAGGACGGGGGGCUUGGCCCAGCUCGUCGGCGUUUCUUCUUCGCCGCCUGCGCUCAAGGAGGAAGGCAGAGCGAUGUCCCGGCUGUCUUUAACACGGUCUCCGGUUUCUCCAUUGGCUGCCCAAGGAAUCCCUCUCCCAGCUCAGCUCACCAAAUCCAACGCCCCCGUGCACAUUGAUGUAGGAGGACACAUGUACACCAGUAGCCUGGCCACCUUGACAAAGUACCCAGAUUCCAGAAUAAGCCGUCUGUUUAAUGGCACGGAACCUAUUGUGUUGGACAGUUUAAAACAACAUUAUUUCAUUGAUCGAGAUGGUGAAAUUUUCAGAUACAUCUUAAGCUUCUUAAGAACGUCGAAACUGCUGCUCCCAGAAGACUUUAAGGAUUUUAAUCUUUUAUACGAAGAGGCCAAGUACUACCAGCUGCAGCCGAUGAUCAAGGAGCUGGAGCGAUGGAAACAGGAGAAGGAACAAAGGAAGCACUUCCAGCCCUGUGACUGCUUGGUUGUAAGGGUCACUCCGGAUCUCGGGGAAAGGAUUGCACUGAGCGGAGAGAAGGCAUUGAUCGAGGAGAUCUUCCCAGAGACAGGGGACGUCAUGUGCAACUCGGUCAAUGCAGGCUGGAACCAAGACCCCACCCACGUCAUUAGGUUUCCUUUGAACGGAUACUGUCGGUUGAAUUCGGUGCAGGUGCUUGAACGGUUGUUCCAGAAGGGCUUCAACGUGGCGGCGUCCUGCGGAGGAGGCGUGGAUUCCUCUCAGUUCAGCGAAUAUGUACUAUGUCGUGAGGACAGGAGACUGCAGCCCAACACCACAAUCAGGAUAAAGCAAGAGCCCCUGGACUAAAGACACCUCCCUUCCCCCCUUCCUUUGUGAACGUAGAAGUGUUUUUAAUAGUCUCGUGUGGAAACACUAAGGAUUUGCAAGACAGUAUUAACCUGGGCGACGUUGCCCGAGUGGUAUCUCUCUGAAACUACCUGUCACCAUUGCCAGCCAUGAACUCUUUAUCUGGAAGCAAAAAGACAGCAUACAAAAUGAUAAUGAUAAUGAUAAUAAUAAUUUCAUUUGUUUUAUUAGUCAACUGCUGGGCGGCAUGCCCAGCGUCGUGAAGUUUUGUGGGAUUGUCCUCUCGGCAGGAAAGCGUGCGGAAUGGAGACAAAGCUUCAGUGAAGAACUGGCCUUUGAUUGGACUUUGGUAGAAGGACCAAUUUAACGCAAAUCAAAUAUGCCCAUUGAAGGAGUGCACCAUCCGACUUUCUGGGGGACCUUCUCCUCCUCCCUUGGUGGGAUCAAGGACAAGGGAGCUGCCCAAAGGGAGACGGUAUCGUGCCAAGUGUCUUCCCCGCCCCCCUGCCCCCGAUGAAUCCCAUGUCCUUUCCUGUCUGACAGGCUUUUGCAUCGCCAUUUGUCCACCCCCGUUACCCUUCUGUGGUUGCCUUUGCGCAUUGUAUCAAAUGGCUUAUUUUUCUACGACGCUUCCAGUUGUCUGUGUACAGAAGCCACCCCAAACAGGGACCAAUUUGUAUUCUUCUGGUGCUGAAUGAACUCUUUGCAAAUUCUUUUCAGUCCCGCACAACCCACCUUUGAGAUAAAUGCAGUGGUUUGAAGUUUGCUGCCUUGUCUGCCCACAACUGACGAGAUUGAAUUGCAGCAAAACAUUUGCAAAAAAAGCAAAACAAACGGAAAUGGAGACUCAAAGCAAGUUCCUAAAUAAGAUUGUUCAGCAUUAAACAGGCACUGCCAUGGAACUUGA